AUGCUGUCUCGCCAGCGAUCCACUUGUUUCAUCUUGGAGAACAAUCGAGUGCAGGGGUCUGACUUUGUUGAAAUGCUCCGUCUCAUUGGUUACCCGGGCGCCAGCGGCCUAAAGGGUGAGGAUUUUGACUGGCUUUGCGAGGGCAAUGAAGAAGUCGAGCAGUUGCUUGGCUGGCUCUGCGGGGUGGUGGACCAACGCAAUGCCUUGAGCGAUGAGCAGCUGGAGGCGUACAAUGAUCUUCUGGCUUCCGGGAAGCCUCUUCUUCAAGCGGACGAACUACAGAGCCUCUGCAGGAGGGAAGGAGGGGAUGAUGGAGACUUGGAUUUGGAAGAGCGUAAAACUUUGGACGAACUGGAAGCCGAGGUGCAAAGCCUCAGGAACCUAAAAACCCACAGACUGCGGACCCGCAACAAGUUGGAAUCGUUGGGGUUGACGUUCCUCUGCAGCCACCUCUCGCUGGAGAAGUCUGAAAAGGAAGAGGAGAAAAAUCUGAUUCACAUCAAAGAGGGGCUGGCGUCCCUGAACACGAAGUGCAACGCCGCGCUGACGAGGCUGAGAGAAGUCGUAAAAGAGCUUGGAGGCCUUCACUCUCCUUUGGUGGCUCCUAAACUCUUCCUGUCUUUGCUUGACCUGGGAGGUCACAUAGGCCUCGAGAACACAUGUUGGGGGCAGGUGGAAGAUCUUUCAAAGGAGCUGCUGCCUGGUAGAAACGAAGAGAGGGAACAGAAAAAGAGAUUAAAGAGAGAAAUAGAGGCGGAAGGCGAGAGGGUUAGAACCGCGUGGGCAUCUCAGAGGGUACAGCUCAGCCUGACGCUGGGGACCUUGCAUGGUAAAGAGGAGGCAUUCAACUGGGUUCACAGGACUAGAGAGGAGCAGCUGUGGGAUCCUCAACAGGUCCCUUCCCUAGAAAGAGAGAUUCAGUCCUUGGAAGCAGAGGUGGAAGCCUUGCAGACACAAAGACUCCCUUCUCUGGUUUGUGAAGCCUCCCUGGGGCCGUGCCUGCCUUCUCACCACGAAUGGUUGCGUGCAGAGAAGCAAAGACUGAAACAGGUGGAACAAGGUCAGGUGCCCCUAAAGGAAGCCGCCCUCCAUCAACUUUCACGCCUCCAGCUAAUCGAGAUGGGUCUUCAUGCCGAGAGGAGGACCCAUCGCCAAACAGAGAGAGAUCUCCAGGGUCUGAGAGGAGAGAUGGCCACUCGGGCAACUGAGUUGGGAAGGAGGCUACAGGGGCCAAGAGACCUAUGGGCCUCGUCCCAGUGGUUGAGUCCGAUACGCAUUGCCAGCAAGGACCACACAGCAGUGAGGUUGUCUAUUAUGCUGAACGAGCCGACCAGCCGAAAGGAGCUGUUUCCCAAGUAUGAAGCCUUACAACAUAAAGGGGCAUUGCUUGUGCAGGAGGUGGCAUCGCUAGGGGGGGUACUACAUGGCCCCCUUCCGCAGGUGUCCAGCCUGGAAGCCGAGUGCAACGAACUUUACCAAAGUCUAUGCCGAGGAACCCGGAACCUGCAGCUUAUAGACCCAGCUCUUACGCACUCGUUCGAAGCGCUCUACACGUGUGUCUCUCAGUUUAACCAGUGGUGUCUGGACUGUCUCCGCGAUUUGGAAAGGAAGAAGCAUUCCAUCCAGACGUCUCGACUCGAACAAGAGAGGCGAUUAUACGUUCUUUUCUACCAAGACCCCACCGCCCUCGCCAGCACCAUCCAGGAACUCGAGCAGCGAGUCCGGGAACUGGAGUCUCAGUGACUUUUAGAUCGUUUAAUUAUAUUGCACAUAAAUAAAAUAAUAAGCAUUCAU